AUGACAGGCUUUUCAAAGGCUUUAACAUAUCGACAAGAUUUGCCGCCUCAGAGCGGUUAUACAUCAAUUCCUUAUAAACGUGUACCUGUUAGAUAUAUUCCACUAUGGCCAUUCGUUGGCCUUUGGGUGUUUUCAAAUAUUUACGGAUAUUGGAGAUACCAACAACAAAAGAAAAAAUAUUGGCAAACAGAAAUGGAACUAGAUGAAAGUCGUAAUUGUUGUGAAGCAGUGAUAUUGGCAGAACAAGAUCGACUACAAUUAACACAAUAUCGUCGUAACCGUGAUGAAGAAGAAAAAUUAAUGGCUGAUGUACCAGGCUGGAAAGUUGGAACAUGGUUCGGUGAACCGGUAUACAAAACGAAUGUCUUCUUUCCUGAUGUACCCAAUCCACUUGAUUAUUAUGGUGUUUCAAGACCAUCAACAUAUAAAAAACAAGUUAAUGAACCUCAGUUUUAUCUUCAAUAA